AUGCCGAUAAGCGAUCUCGAGAAGAAAUGGACCGGCAUGAAUUUCGACAUUGCCGCCGAGGAAAUGCGACGUCUAAAAAAGGACCCAACCGAUGAAGAGAAGCUAGUUCUCUAUGGACUCUAUAAGCAGAGCAUUCAUGGCAACAUCCCCUCGGAAGACAUUUACGAGAAGCCAAAAGGUGAUGAUGUCGCUUCAAGGAAAUACGAGGCCUGGGCAGCUAGAAAAGGCCAACCGCUCCAAAGCGCACGUGAUGAAUACGUUCGUUUCGCCGAGAAAAUGAUUCAGAAAUACCACAGGCAUGUGUAUCGUUGCAAAUGGAAUAGCGAAGUGUGGUCGGUCGACUAUUGA